GACGGUCUGGACACCACUGAAGGUCUGGGUGUGAAAUUCACGUGAUGCACACGUGAGUCAGGUAAAGUGUGUUUGCACCUUUUUCCAAGCCGUUCAAAAAACUCGUGUGUUGCUGCUAGUGUUGAGGAAACGUUGAAGGAACAUUGCGGGAAAGUUGGGGGAAGGUCGCGGUUGUCCCAAUCAAGACCAACUCGAGCGACUCGCCCCCUCGUUGGGACGCGCACGCGCACGCGGGCAGCCAGGCGCAAAACCGAGAGCAUCACGUGAACGCGCCGCGCGCUCUUGAGUCGGGAGCGCGCGUGGAGGCGGUCUGGACUGCUUCGCUUUCUGUUAUCGCCUCUCUUUUUUUUUUCUUCCUCCUCUUCUUCUUCCUCCUCCUCUUCUUUCCAGGCUUCAGUUAAACGCCGAGGAAACGACGGGAGAGCGGACGGACGGCCGAGCGAGGACACGUGCGAUUUUUUUUUUACCGUCAAACCCCAAACCGCAUCGGAUUUGAACGUCGACGGCGGCUCGACAGGGCCAGGAUGUCCGGCGAGGUGCAGAGAGCAGACGACAGCCCCAGCACAAGUGGUGGGAGCUCGGAUCUCGAGCAGAGAGAGACGGCUCCCCCGGAGCAGGAGCGGGAGCCGGCGCAGCCUAAGAAAAAAGAGACCAAGAUCUCCAGCAAAACGGCAGCCAAACUAUCCACCAGCGCCAAGAGAAUUCAGAAGGAGCUCGCCGAGAUCACUUUGGACCCCCCGCCUAACUGCAGCGCCGGUCCGAAAGGAGAUAACAUCUACGAGUGGAGGUCCACCAUCUUGGGACCACCAGGCUCUGUGUACGAAGGAGGCGUCUUUUUUCUCGACAUCGCCUUCACGCCUGAUUAUCCGUUCAAACCACCCAAGGUAACAUUUCGUACACGCAUCUAUCACUGCAACAUUAACAGUCAGGGCGUGAUCUGCUUGGACAUCCUGAAGGACAACUGGAGUCCUGCACUCACCAUCUCCAAAGUGCUGCUGUCCAUCUGCUCGCUGCUCACCGACUGCAACCCAGCUGACCCUCUCGUCGGGAGCAUCGCCACGCAAUACCUGACCAACAGAACCGAACACGACAGAAUAGCCAAACAGUGGACGAAGAGAUACGCCACAUAAACAGAAGACCUCCCUUGGAGCCUCCCGCGAUAAAUCAUCCCUCUUUCCGACCUCCCCACCAAAACAACCCCCCACCCCAUCCACCGUACCUGUCUACCUCUGUCCCCGUCCUCUCAGAGCACACUCACCGUAUAUAAUCUCCACUUUCCCGACCGCCCCGGCCGCUUCGGUGAACAGAACUGUCCUUUUGUUCCUCAUUGACUUGAAAGCUUUUUUUUUUUUUUAUACAAAGAUUAGAGUGGGAUUUUAUUUUCCAAUUAUUUGAAUGUGUGAAAUAUCCUAGGAGGAAAAUAUUGUUGUUGUUGCUGUUGUUGGUAUUAUUAUUAUUAUUAUUAUUAUUAUUAUUAUUAUUAUUAAUAAUUUUGCUCAACCUCAUUUAUGUAAGUGGCACCAGGAACAAAAUACAGACUCGAGGAACCCACCCAGAAGACCACGCUUUUGUUUUCCACUCAUGGUUAUGCGCAUGUUAACGGGAGGCCGAUUUGCAGUCACGUCAACACGAAGCUCCGCUCUGUUUGUAACGUAUUUUUUAAACGCUCCGUCGAUAAGCAGCCACUCGGGAAAGUCUGGUUGGUGGAUAGAUGAGAAUUCACAGGUUUGUAUAUAGUGUGUAACACAGUGAGGUUUGUUGUGCACUUGCUUUCUGGACAAACAUCCAAUAAAACACUGUGGCUGAUA